CGAGGGUUGACGGAAAUGUUCGCCAAAACGCAGAUAAGCGCGUAUUGUGGCGAGAGCGAGACACGAUCCACAGUGUGUAUUGGGAAGGAACGUGGAUCGCGUCUUCCAUCGUUCCGAGGGUGUCACGCAACACAAGCUCCGCGUGGUGAAACUGGUUCUGCAGUGUGGAAGGUCGCUGCAGCCGGCCAGUUCUGUUGUACCACUCCAACCGGUAACAUGGCAGACAGCUACGAGGAAGCGGAUCAGCUGUUCGCUGAGUGCAAGUUUCGCGAGUCGUACGAACUGCUGAGCAGGAAGCACAACAGCAGUACGGACGCGGAAUACGAGACCCUGUGGAGGCUGUGCCGUGUGAUUUACUCGAUCACUCGCGAGCUUGCCGUCGAUGAGAAGAAAGCCAAAGAGCUGGAAGCGCUCGUGUUCGAGGGGUUCGAGUAUGCGAAGCAAGGUCUAGCCCUGCAACCCAACACUGCCUCGGCCCACAAGUACUACGCGAUCUUUCUGGCGGAAAAGUCCGGCAUCGAGGGGCUUAAGGAGCGUGUCCUGCAGCUCAGUACCAUACUGCGCCAUCUGCGCAAGGCAACCGAACUGGACGGCAGUGAUCCGUUUGCGUGGUUUGUGCUGGGACGCUUUUACCACAAGCUGGCCGGAUUGGCCUGGUUUCAGAAGAAGAUGAUCCACACGUUCACCACCGACAUACCGGAGGCGACGUACGAGGAUGCGUUACAGUACUUUGAGCGUGCCGAGACCGUACGGCCCAAUUUUUUCCCACUAAACCAUCUGAUGCUGGGCGAUACGUUCGUUGCGCUGAAGGAACCGAAAAAGGCACGUCCAUUUCUCGAACUAGCUGCCAAUCAGUUGGCGCCACGCACUGCCGACGAUCGUGAAGCUCAACGGGAAGCGAAGGCACUGCUCAGGAAGCUCUAACUUGGUGGCCGCUCAAAUAAUCUCUGUACUAUUGUUUCUCUCUGUUUCCUCGCAAUAAACCAAACCGAAUGCAAAUCAAA